CGAAUCGCCUCGUUGAGUUCCGGGGGGAGGGAACCGAAACUCCAAAGGCCAGUUGUCGCAUAAGAUGUCUGAGAACGCCGAAUCACCUACAGACGCGCAAAAAGAAGAGUUACACUCACCUCCUGAAGACUCGACGACAAAUGAAGAGAAGAAAAAAAUUGAUGUCCUCUUGAAGGCAGUAGGGGACACCCCCAUCAUGAAAACAAAGAAAUGGGACGUGGACAGGAGCAGGACGGUGCAGUCUCUUUCUCAGUUCAUCUCUCGCUUCCUCAAGCUGGAUGAUCAUGAACAACUGUUCAUCUACGUUAAUCAGUCUUUUGCGCCGUCACCGGACCAAGAAGUGGGGAUUCUCUUUGAUUGUUUUGGCAGUGACAGCAAACUGGUUCUGCAUUAUUGUAAAUCUCAAGCUUGGGGUUGAUUCCAGUUUUGGAUCCUGAUUUGUCCAAUUUAGUAGCGACAUCGUGAGCAUUUUCCACAAAUUAAAACAGUUCCCCGGUGUCUGUAACAUGCUUUGCUCAAAACACCCCAAGGAUAAAAAAAAAAAAAAGACAGAUUACUUUUCACCCUCUCUUUAGAGCCCUGUUGAAACCAGACCCAACUAUUUGUAUACCAGCAAUUCAAGUAAAUUUCCCAUAGUUUGUCCACUUGGACGUAGUAUGUAAAAUUGACUUGAUAUGGAAAAACUUGUCAGUUGGUAGCUUCAUGCAAGCGCCAUUAAUUUGCAGAAGGACCUGAAGGGGUGAAACACUGCAUCAAAGAAGAAAGCUGCAUUGAGUUUGUUGAGUGGGGAUUGACUUGAACGCACUCUCAAACAAUCUCAUUUCUGCCUAAUAAGAAAUAAGCGGUCAUAAAUGGAAAGUACAAUAAUUGUCAUAGAAAUGAUAGUGAGACACCUGGAAAUUGUUUUGAAUAUUAUCCCUCCUUUAACAUCAAGGCUAAAACUGUUUCUUAUGUUUCAUGUAUAUAUUGUAAAUAAAUUGUCAACGUUAA